AUGACAACAAUCCUCCUUUUAGGCACCUGUGAUACAAAACUCGACGAACUACGUUUCGUCCGUGACAAAAUCCUCACCAACCCCAACAUCACUGGAACCAAAGUUAUCCUCCUCGACCUCGGCCGCUCCGCAACCACACACCCUGACAUCACCAUAACCCAUCAUGACCUACUUUCCUCCUCCGAUAGCAAUGUCGACGUAUCAAACCUCUCCCGCUCAGAAUACAUAAAGCAAAUACUCGCGCUCGCCACAACCACCGUCUCUAAUCUCUAUCAAUCCCAUUCCAUCCACGCCGCAAUCAGCAUAGGCGGAUCAUGCGGGACAUCGCUGGCAACGGGUAUAAUGCAGAAUGCGUUACCCGUGGGAUUUCCAAAAUUAAUGGUUUCGACGAUGGCAUCUGGUGAUGUGAAGUCGUAUGUCGAAGAGACUGAUAUCACGAUGAUGUAUAGCGUUGUUGAUAUUGCGGGGAGGAAUUGGGUUCUCGAGAGGAUUCUGGGAAAUGCGGCGGGUGCUAUUUCUGGUAUGGCUGCCUCUUAUCUCCAGAAUUAUACAGAUUGUGGUAAUGGAGGGAAGAAACGGAUUGGUAUUACUAUGUUUGGGGUUACGACUCCUUGCGUUGAUCGGGUUCGUGAAUACUUUGAUGAACAACACACGGGAAAAUACGAAAUCUACGUCUUCCAUGCUACUGGCGCAGGCGGGAAGGCUAUGGAGCGGCUCAUCGCCGAGUCCCAACUCGAUGCUAUCCUCGAUCUAACAACCACUGAGGUCGCAGAUGAGUUGGUUGGCGGUAUUCUAUCAGCUGGCCCAGGACGACUGUCCGCGGCUUCCGCGAAGGGCAUCCCGCAGGUGAUUAGCGUGGGAGCGUGUGAUAUGGUGAAUUUCGGGACGAAGGAGAGUGUUCCGACGCAAUUCGGAGAUGGGGGGAGGAGGUUGUAUGAGCAUAAUCCCAGUAUUACGUUGAUGAGAACGACGGAGGAGGAAUGUCGUGGGAUUGCAAGGUUUAUUGGGGAGAAGUUGCGUGGUGCAAAGAACCCGGAGAAGGUCCAGUUUGUUUUGCCCACUGGUGGUGUUAGUAUGUUGGAUAUGCCUGGGCAGGCAUUUCAUGAUACUGAAGCCGAUAAGGUGCUUUUUGACACGCUUGAGCAAGAGCUGGCUGGAACGUCGAUUGAGAUUCGACGAGAUGCCCGCGCCAUUAACGAUCCAGGGUUUGCUGUGGCAGUAGCAGAAUCGCUGCUCGAGCUGAUGCAGCUGCCUUAG